GCGGGCUGUAGCGUCCUUGGAGAUCGACUGACGUUGUUGUUAAUAGUUUAACUGCACAUAUGAAAUGUGGUCCUUCAUAUGAAACGAGCCGUUUUCUACAGGGAAAGCGGUUCAUGCCUCUUUACAAGAAACCAUGGCUGCAGCUGCUCUUAUUGGAGAUCAACUGAUCCUUGAAGAGGACUAUGAUGAGAACUACACCCCCUCUGAACCAGAGAUUCACGAGUAUGCCAGAGAGAUUGGCAUUGAUCCUGACCGGGAACCUGACCUCUUGUGGCUUGCUAGAGAGGGCAUUGUUGCCCCCCUGCCCCGGGAAUGGAAGCCUUGCCAGGAUGUCACAGGUGACGUGUACUACUUCAACUUCUCCACGGGCCAGUCCACCUGGGAUCACCCCUGUGACGAGCACUACCGUGGCGUGGUGACGCAGGAGCGGCAGCGGGCCCAACUGGCCGGCCCCGGCGCUGCAGGAGCAGGCUCCGCUGGGAAGAAGGAGACCAAGGAGAAGAAGAAAAAGAAGGAAAAAAAGGAAAAGAAGGUGAAGAGGAAGAAAGAGCCUCUCAUGACUCCCGGACCUCUGAGUUCAGCCCUUGGUCCCCUGCCGUCCACGCUGGGCAGCCUGGCUCCAUUGAGGGGACUGGAUGCCCUUGGCCCCGGCCCCAUUCCCAGCGCCAAUCCUCCUCUCCGGGGGUCCCUUGGGGGGACCCCAAGCUCUGGGGGGCUGGAGCCUCUCAAGACAUCCCUUGGGGCUCUACGCAGCAGCGGAGGCUCCAUGUCCGUACUGGUCCGAGAGGACCAGGACGACCCUGAUGCCGGGGAGCCAAACUCAGGGAACCAGAGUGCUUGUGGUUCAGCCGGACUUUUGAGGAACCUCUACCUGGACCUGGAUGCCCUGGGAGGGGGCCUGCAGUAUGAGGACAGUGAGGCCAGUGGCGGACCUCCACCAGAGGAGCGUACGGAGCCAGAGCUGCAGGACCUGGCUCUGUCCAGAGACCACAGUCCAGAGCCCCCGUCCCAACAGGAGUCAGUGGCCAGUGAACAAAUGGAGGAUGUUCCUUCGUCCAUGGAGGAUCUUAAGUCCGGCUAUCUCUCCAAGAUGUCGGAGAAGCCCCUUGAGCCCAAGGACCGGUCCCCUGCCGUCAGCCCCCUGGACACGGACCUGGGGGACAAGGAGGAAGACGAUGAGGAGGAGGAGGAGGAGGAGGGAGAGAGGGAGCCGAGCGUGAGGAGGAACUCCACAGGCAGGAGACCCGUGCAGGCUGCUGCGGUGGUGGAGCGCUCUCCAGCCCGCCAGGUGGACCGGCUGGUCCUGCACCAGUCCAGCACCGAGCACUCCCUCUCCAGCCCCGAGCCCUCGGGCAGGGACGCAGGGCUCCGCCCGAAGGCCGAGGGCCUCAGUUCCUCCCUGGGGCUCCAGAGGCCCGAGACAUCCAGGGGUCGGCUGGCCCGCGCCCCUAACGCCCGCCAACGAGAGCAGGAGUCCCCCACGCGGGAGCAGGGCGGCCCGCCGGCCGAGGAGCUGAGCUGGAAGACGAGGAGGACCCUCAGUGGGGAAGGGGAGAGGGAAGAGGAGGUGGAGAUCAGAAAAUUAAGGAAAAAAGAUCAGCAGGAGGACGAGAGGAGGAAGAUGGAGGUAGAGGAACAGGAUGAAGAGGAGAAGGGAAGGGAAAGGCGAAAUGAGGAGAGAGCGAUGGAGAGGAGGAAUUUGGAAAGGGAGGUGGAGGAGGAGAAGAGGCGUGGCUCGCUGGAGAAGGAGAGAAGGCUACGCCUCCUUCGGGAGGAGCUGAGGAGAGAAGAGGAGGAGGAGGAGAGGAGGCUGAAGAAGGAGAGUGAGGAGAGAGUCAGGGCUGUGUGUGAGCGGCUGGACUCUGAGAGGAGCAAGGAGGAGACCAGGCUGAGAGAGGAGUCAGACAGGAAGUUAAAGGAGCUGAGGGAGAGCGGCCAGAGGGAGACGGAGCACCAGCAGCAUACGCUCAGAGAGGAGAGCGGAGCUACGGUCCAGGGCCUGCGGGUCACUCUAGACGAGGAGCUGGUGGCGGAGCGUGAUAGGCUGGAGGCCCGGAAGAGGAAGGACUCAGAGAACCUGAGGAUGGAGCUGGAGACAGAGCUUCAAGCGGAGAGACAGAGGCUGCUGGGAGAGAAGGAAGAGAAACUGAGCUCUCUGAGACAGGAGAUCAAAAGCACAGAGAGAAGAAAAGAGUUGAGGAGUAUUCGCCCUGAGCAGCAGCUGACUGAGUAUCGUAGAGAGCUGGCUGACGUGCUGAAGGAAGUGAGGGAGGAAGUUCAGCGGGACCAUAACAGGAAGCUGGAGCAGCUGAAGGAGGAGCACAGGAGGGAGCUGAGCGCCAUCAGGGAACAGCACCUAGACCAGGAGGCGACCCAGAGAGAGCGUUUGCUGUGUGCUCUGCAGGAUGAACGAGAGCGUCUGCAAAGCACACACACCGUUCAACUGGAGAAACUCCGCCUGCAGCUGGAAACACAGACACAGAAGACAUGGCUGGCACACACACGCAAGGAGUCUGAGCUGCAGGACCAGUUGGAGCAGCUGGAGCUGAAAACCAAAGAUCUGAAGACCCAGGAGGCCCUGCUGCAAACCAAGGAAGCAGAUCUGAAGAGGAGGAGGAAGAGGCUGGGGGAAGAGGAGGAGGAGGUUGAGAGAGGCAUGAAGGAGAGGGAGCAGUUGACGGAGGAGCUGGGCCGGGCGCGGGAGGAGCGGCGGCGGGCCCAGCAGGGUGCGGAGGGGGCGAGGGGCGAGCGGGACGCGGCCCGCGAGGAGUUCCGCCGCGCCCAAGAGGACCGGGAGCGGCUGGAGCACAAGGUGGAGGCACUGCAGGAACGCUGCGCACGCCUCGGCGGCAGGGUCAGUGAACUGGAGCAAGGCGAGGGAGCCGGCGUCUCCUCCACCCCUCCGCCCAGACUGGAGAAGAAGAAGGCGGAGGGCCGGGCAGAGAAGGUGGACGACCCCCCCCCCUCUCACGCCCCGAGUGGCGUGGGCAACAGAUCGCUGCACAUGGGGGACCUGGAGGAGCCGCCCCUCUUCCCCGUCCCCGACAGCCAGAGCAGCCUGCAGGACAUGCGUCGCUACAUCAGCACGGAGGAGGCGUCCCUCCACGAGGCCCGGCGUUUCCUGGAGCGGGAGAGCCGGCGCCUGGCGGAGAGGCAGGCGGCGCUGCAGGCGGCCGGCCCGGGGCCCUACACCCGCCACCACAGCCUGGACGCCGCCGGGCAGGAGCCGGGUCAUGUGGAGCAGCUGCGGCGUGCGGUCCAGCAGGGCAGCACGCUGCUGCGGCGCAAGGAGGAGCAGCUGCAGCAGCUGGAGAGCUCCCUGGCGGAGGAGCCCCUGUUGGAGGAGCUGUCCCGCAUGUCCGGGGAGCGCAAGGUGACCUUCGACGUGACAGACUCUGACCUCAGCAGCACCCUGGACCCCCACGACGGACCAGGCGCCCAUCCUACCGUACCUGCCAAGGUGCAGCAGUUGGCCGAGUCCCUGCAGCAGAUCUCGGGUCAGCUCAACCUCGUGCUAGGGGCCCUGGGCUCGCUGGCCCCGCCCUCCGCCUGCAGCCAGGGGUCCGGCGGGUUGCCUCCCACCUCCUCCGCACCCCUCUCCGCCGGGCCCCCCUGGGCAUGGGGCGGGAACCACCCCGGGGCCGCGCCCCUCUUCGCCAGCUCCAUGUCCGCUACACAGAGGGCCCCGGCGGACCUCCUGAGCAGCCGCUGGGCCAAGCUGUUCCCCGGAGCCCCUCUAGACCCAGUGGCCUCCAGCACCUUGAGGACCACUUCAACGUACUCUUCAUUCACUCCUGCAAGCGUGCCGGAGCUGGACGGUCAGCGGCUGCAGGGGCUGAUCGACGGGAACAAGAGGUGGCUGGAGAUGCGACGGAAGGACGCCAGCAUACCUCUGUUCACCCGCUACCGGCCGCCAUCCACCGGGGGCGCCGGGCUGGUCCAGCUGGGCCUCGACGACAACAACCAGAUCAAGGUCUACCACUACUGAGGAGCUCCCCCACAUGAAGGAGAUCCAUGGAUCCGUUUAUCUGCCCCCCAACGUCAUUUACAUUACUCUACCAAAAUGCUGAGACAGCUGGUCAUAACAUUGUCCACUUCCACUGUCGGAGGGAGGGGGCGGGGCGGGGAUACUAGACUUGACUUUAGCUAUAGUGUGUAUGAAGGCUAGAGAAGGAUGCACUAGAUGCCUUAAGUGAGUUCCAGGAAACCGUGUUGAAUGAAACCACUGAAGUUCAAACACUCAGCGAGUUCACUGUUCAGUGAAACUGGAGGUGAAGGAGUCACACAAGAAAGUUUAGACAAUCGCAGCGUUGACUGUCUUUUUAUACAUGAAAACUGGCACAUGUGAAUGUGCGAGCUCCAAGCAGGUUACAACAAGCACCUAGAGGUGUUUCUAUCUAUUUAGCCUCAUUAUGGCUUCUUUGUUGACUCCUUUGUGUAGUAUGCAUUGAUCAGAGCUGAGUUAUAAGAGUAGGGGCAUGAACAGGGGGCCCCAUGAGUUAAUGAAGUUAUUAAUAUGGGUCCAGUGCCUAGAAUGAACUUCUUGAUGCACCCGUGUGAUGAAGGCCUGUUGUUGUACAUUCAUGUAAAAUAAGAAACCGGCCAUUAUGUUGUUUAUCUGUAUUUAUUGGUUAUUUUUUAACAUCUAAUCCAAAUAUUAAGGCUGGAUGUUACUGUAGAUUAAGUGUGCCUUUGCUUCUUAUUAGGUAACAGAUGCUUUUAACCGCAUGCUUUUCAAAGAACUGGGACAAGUCUGUUCAAUCAGAACACACUUUAGUCAAACAAGGUCACCUGAAUAGAACGUGGGUCGAUGGAGAAUAUACCACUAAUGUGAUGUUGACCGGCCUGCGGUCUUCAUUGAGCUUCAUGCUUGGUAGACAUUGUGCAUAAAUGUGUUUGUAUUUUUCUAUGAAAUAUAUUAAAUCUACGUUUUUAUACAUUUUCAAUACUUUGUGUUGUAUUGCAUAAUCAGUUAUAAAUCAAACUUUUGUAUCGUUUUUUUACAGAAUGCAGCAAUGCGAUUAGAUCUGAUUCAUAAUGACAAAGUAAGACACAAAUAAGGAAGCGAUGAGGGACCGGGACGUGACAGGAUUAUCUGAAAACCAGACAUUUUAUUCAGUAACCGAGCCAUUGCAUUGAUAGUGACAUUAAAAUGGAUUUAUCAUACAACAGAGUGCAAAACAAUUUUUGUUCCUCGGUAGAACAUGAGGGACGUUAACCAUUACAUUACAAUCAUUAUUGUCCAAUGAGGCGGGCAGGAUAAGAGAUCUGGCGAAUCAGAAUGUAAGUAUCAUCUCGACAUGAUUAGGUUGUUAAAGGCCGCUGACAGACGGGACAUAGAGGACACUCUCACGGAUUAAGUUAUCAGACAAACAUCUGUACAAAGGCUUACGCACACACAUCCACACGCAGUGUAUAAACCCACAGCAUAAAAACAGCUAAAAAAAACUUGACUCCACUCUUGGUUGCUUCAUAGGUCUGUGAUGCAGACA